GUGGAAUUGGGUGUGAGGGGGAAAGGAAAUGUGCAAAAGAAAACUGCCAUUUUCUAAUAUUAUGAUUUGUGAAAAGAAAUUAUUAUAACGUGUAUAUGAUGAAUGGAUUCUUCAUCUGCAAAAACCGUCGGACAUGGUGUAAUUAGAGCGAAUGACGAUGAUACUGAUGUUGUAGACAAAUUAUUAAAUGAGACAGGAUGUUCUGAAUUGCAUUAUAAAGUACAGGAAUGCAUUGCUGAAACCAAAGAUUGGAGGAAAUGUCAGAAAGAAGUUACAGAAUUUAGAAACUGCAUAAAUAGACAUGAACAAAGAAAAGUUCAAGAUGGCAAAACAUAGAUCUGUAGUUUUAAAUAUCUUUAUAAAUGAUUAAAUAAAGUAUAUUGAUUAAAAAUUGC